AUCUCGAGCGCUUCGUUAUCAGUUGCGCUUAGUUCCUUUAAACCGUCGCACGUCGUAGAAGCACUGCGAAAUUACUCCUCCUGCAUACUACCAAUUAAUAAUUACUCGACACAGCUAUGAAAUUUAUACUUGGAUCAAUUUUUCUGGUCUUCGUAGCCUAUCGACCGGCGAGCGGGGCAGUUAAAAAUUACACCUGCCUUCCAAGCAGCUUCACCGGAAUGUGCAUUCUGGCCCAUGUAUUCUACAUUCGAACGAACGACACCAAGUACAUUUUCCCGCAAAAUCAAUCACACAUCCGCAUCGGAAACGAUGGUUGGGCGAAAGCAAUAGACUCUUACGUCGAGUUUUUCGAUGCAAAACUGUACGCAGAACUGGGACACCCACAAGCGUUGGAAAUAAUGGAUUCAGAAAUGGAGACCUUGGAAAUUCCACGAGCACUUCACCACGGCAACUUUGCCGAUAAUAGACUGCAGACAUUCUGGAUCGAAGAAGGCGUGGGCGCUGAACCCGCCCUAAGCUACUUGGAUCUUGGCCGAAACAGCAUCUCCAAUUUGACCAACAUCACCGUUUUCAUCAAUCUGGAAACGAUCUACCUGGAGAGUAACGAACUAGAAACAAUCCAUCGGAACAUAUUCAGGAACUUUACUAAACUCAAACUCAUCAACCUUAACUACAAUCAAAUUACCCAGUUAUCCGGAGAUUACUUCCCUCCAUCACUCACCUACCUAGGAUUGUACUACAACGAAUUAAAAACCCUCAAUUACAGUGCCAUGAAGCUUCCGUUGCUAGAAAUUCUCAAUCUAGAACGGAACCAGCUGGUUACCAUCGAUACGGCCAAACUGCUCCUUGCAGCACCGAAACUAAAAAUGAUCCGCCUGGGACACAACGAUCUUCCAAAGGAUGUGCUCCUAUCGGCAAUGGAAUUCCUCGAUCAGCACAACGUCAGCUAUCGAGACGAAGCGGGAGAUGUAUCCUGCUACUAUGACGCGGAGGAAAUCGAAGGCGUAUGCAUGAAUAUGCAGUUCAUGACUGGCUGGUUCAAGGCGGUCAUACUCAGCGUCCUGACGGUGACUAUUGCGAUCGUUUUCAUUUUUCUAGUGCGAUGGGUGUUUAUCGAAAUGAAUAAGUAAGCGCGGCUAAACAUCGAACUAUGUAGAAACUGCACCCUCUUCGAGGAAGCUGCCUUGAUGUGCUGAUGGAGAUAAGACCGCAAUGUUGUUUACCAAACAUGAUCAUCAACGAGGGAUGAUACCAUAACUGUAGUUCUCUGGGAAAAGUGUAGCCGCUUUGUCCGAGAUUCGUAGAAAAAGAAAAGUAAAUAAAGCCAUCUGUGGGCGGAAGUGGA